UGGCCUGACUUCCUUUAGAGUGUUUUUGCCGAUGUUGUCUGCACAGAUCGCAUAGAAGCCUUACCCCUCAUCCCAGGCAAAGAGCAGACCAGCCUUCCUCCCACACAGAGCUGGUGGGGCUACCUUCUCCUGGACCCUCUCCUGUUGUGCUCCGCAAAGCAAGCUUGCAUCUCUGAUCCAUCAUGAUGGCCACAGAAUUCACAAACCCCAUCUUUAACAUAUCUGACGACUACAGCUACCACUCCACAUCUUCCGUGGAUGACUACGUGAACUACAACUUUCCGGAUUUAUUCUGUAAGAAAAACAAUGUCAGGCAGUUUGCGAGCCACUUCCUCCCACCCUUGUACUGGCUCGUGUUCAUCGUGGGUGCCGUGGGCAACAGUCUGGUCAUCCUUGUCUACUGGUACUGCACACGAGUCAAGACCAUGACCGACAUGUUCCUCUUGAAUUUGGCAAUUGCCGACCUUCUCUUUCUCAGCACCCUCCCCUUCUGGGCCAUCUCUGCCGCUGACCAGUGGAGAUUCCAUCCCUUCUUGUGCAGCGUGGUCAACAGCAUGUACAAGAUGAACUUCUACAGCUGCGUGCUGCUGAUCAUGUGCAUCAGCGUGGACCGGUACAUCGCCAUUGCUCAGGCCAUGAAAGCACAGACCUGGAGGCAGAAAAGACUCCUGUACAGCAAAAUGAUCUGCUUCACUGUCUGGGUGUUGGCGGCCGCACUCUGCAUCCCAGAAAUCCUGUACAGUCAACUCAAGGAGCAAUCCGACAUCACCAUCUGCACCAUGGUUUACCCUAGUGAGCAGAGCGCCACAGUGAAGUCGGCUGUCUUGACCCUGAAGGUCAUCCUGGGCUUCUUCCUCCCUUUCGUGGUCAUGGCAUGCUGCUACACCAUCAUCAUUCACACUCUGUUACAAGCCAGGAAGUCAUCCAAGCACAAGGCCCUGAAGGUGACCAUCACUGUCCUUACGGUCUUUGUCCUAUCUCAGUUCCCCUACAACUGCAUUCUGUUGGUGCAGACCAUCGAUGCCUACACGAUGUUCAUUUCCAACUGUGCCAUUUCCACCAACAUUGACAUCUGCUUCCAGGUCACCCAAACCAUCGCCUUCUUCCAUAGUUGCCUGAACCCCAUCCUCUAUGUCUUUGUGGGUGAGAGAUUCCGCCGGGAUCUUAUGAAGACCCUGAAGAACUUGGGUUGCAUCAGCCAGGCACGGUGGGUCUCGUUCAUGAGGAGAGAGGGAAGCGUGAAGCUGUCAUCCAUGCUGCUGGAGACAACCUCAGGGGCUCUCUCCUACUGAGGGGUCUCUGCUCCGACAUGGAUGGCCCUCUUUGGAAGUCAUGAGAAGUCCAGGUAUGGCUGCCCCACGGAUGCGACUGGAGAGAAACCAAUGAUGAAGAAGAAAAAGUGUGGAAAAAGAAAAACCCAGAAAGAGAUGAAUUUGGGCGAUUACUUCAGUUAGAAUUUCCAAGCCAGAGCUUUCCAAAUUGACUGGCUGUCCCAUGAGGCUGUCACUGUCAUUGGCUGCAAUGGCCACAAUUUUCAAAGGAGGACCAACAGACGAUCUUGCAGACCACCCUGGCUUUUUGCCACUUGCCCGAGCAUUAAUGCAGCUGACCUCUGGAGUUCUUCUGUGACUCCAUGGCUGAUUGCAGGGUUGACCUGCCCAAGGACUCUGCUUGUCCACUCGUGUCACAGGGGUUGGUCAGACUGUGCAGGGACCCUGAGAGCCCGAGUUGGCAGAACUGGCCCUAGCUCUGUCAUGGGCUCACUCCUGCCGAGUGGCUUUUGGGAUGGUCCUCUUUGCUCCCUAUAAAACGGGUUGGUUUUAUUGAGCCUCUUGUUUCUGAGCUUGCUGGAAAGAUAUCUGCCUCCACGCUGCUUCUCCUUUUCUUACUAUAUAGCGCUGACGUGUUCGAAGGCUUCCAGUUGAGAGAUGAGGCUGAAAAAAAGUAAUACAAUUCACUUUUGCUUUGUGUCUUUUAACUAUCUGGCUCUCACAUGUGAAAACAUUUUGUAUAUUGGAAAAAGUGCUUUUUGAUGACUGUGUAAAAUACCCAUUACUUAUCACUUUCUUCAUCAUUUCUGUAUUUUAAAAGUGUCCUAUUAAAGGUCCAAUAGCCCUAUUAGAGUGUGAAGAAUAAGGCCAAGAUAAGGAAAUAAAAUCUCCAAAAUACCUUAAAGCCA